AUGCCAGUCGGCUUGGGAACGAGAGCACAGUUAACCGUCGACGGCCAUGUUCGACCUCAGCAGCGCGCGCAAUUCUGCAUCCCGCUCUGCCUUGGCGAUGCGGAGCCCGCGGGAUAUGGCCAACCAGCUACCAGACGAGGCUUCCAUACGUACUUCGUCACCCAUCUUCCGUCUUCCUCACUACAUCCAGACUCCGGCCGAUUUCAUGGGCCUGGCCACAAGCUGCCGCGCGAUGCCUCGGAGCCACACACCCAGAGCCCUGGAUCUGCUCCUGCUGUGUCGAUACCAAACAUGCCCAUUCGAGAUAUGACAGUCGUUCGAAUCCCCUUGCGGCGAGCCAAGCACCACUUUGGCACAGCGACUGCACGAGGAAAUCGACCAUACAAUGAGGAUGCGGACCAGGCGGGGAUAGUGAACAUGCCUGCUUUUGCAAAGAGGGCACCGACGAGUGUCAAGCAGAAGCCCGGAGAGCCGACCGUGGCAGGCAGCACUCUUGGAGAUCCACAGAUAUUCUACUUUGGGGUUUUUGAUGGGCACGGGGGAGUUCAAUGCUCUCAUUUUCUGCGUGAUGAGCUCCACGGAUACAUUGAAGAAGCAGCAGCGGAGUUUGGCCUGCAAAGCAGCUUGCGCAAAAAGAACCCUUGGGAGGUCACCAGCCGGAUGGUGACCCGAAGACAGGCUCUCGAUAACGUAAGAAUGAAAGGGCCCAACGAGGUGAAAGAGGAUGCCGAGCUUCCCAGUCGCGAGGGCGAUACAGGAUUUGUCAAAGCUCCACGGCAUGGAGAUCCUCUUCCCAGUGCCAAGUCGGAGCCGGUUGAGGUAUCAGAUUAUAAAAAGGCCAUCAGUCUGAAGAAGGGCCUUGUGCAAGACUAUAGGGCCUCGAUUGGAGGAUACUUCCGCCGGUUUCAACCAGAGCACUUUAAUCUCUCGGAUGAUGGUGACAACAAUACCAUCUCAAUUGAAGAAGCCCUCGAGUACGCAUUUCUCCGCGCCGACUUGGAUUUCGUCUCCGCCCAGGCCCGAAAAGUUGAUCCGGAUGAUUCGAGAGUUAGUGACAGGCCUGUGAAUAACGACGAGAUAUUGGGCAAGCCUCAUGCAACGCCGUCGGGCCACUCCAUUGGUGGCACUACGCGGUUCAAGGGAGGCUCCACCGCAUCCAUUGUACUCAUCUCGACGCCUACUCCCGCACCGUUCUGGCAUCCUGGUGCCCAUUCGUCAAUCAUUGUGGCGCAUGUCGGUGAUACCCGUGUGCUGCUGUGCGAUACCGCGACGGGCCUCGCUCAGCCCCUGACAUCGGAUCACCAUCCCACCACGCCUGGUGAAAGCAGACGCUUGCGUAGGUACGCCCCAGCUGGCUCCAUGGUUUCUGGCGAUAGUUUCGGAGAGGAACGCAUUGCAGGGCUAGCCAACAGCCGGGCUUUCGGCGACAUCAAGAGCAAGCGCAUAGGCGUCUCUGCAGAGCCGGAAAUCACCAGGGUAGAGCUUGGCCCCGCUCAGUAUUCCUUCAUCGUCCUCAUGAGCGACGGCAUCUCUGGCACUCUUAGCGACCAGGAGAUUGUGGACGUCAUCAAGGAAGCCAAGACCCCUGAGGAGGGCGCUCGCCGUGUUGUCGAUUACGCAACCGAGGUUUCUGAUGAUGGCGACAAUGCGACGUGCCAGGUCGUGCGGCUGGGGGGCUGGGAGCGUCGGUCUGAAGGCGGCCUGGGCAGUCUUGGGACCAAGGAGUUUAGAGAUGCUCGUCGUGCGGAGGCUCAAGACCCGCGACGACGACGCGGGAAGCUAUAG